AUGUCUGUAUUGACAGAGACGUGUUGGAAUUAUCCAGCUGGCUCCGCAACACUGUCCGGAAACGCGGUGGCAUUUACACCCAUCUCUUUCCCAGCCUCGCCAAGUUCGACAUCUCCUCCAGCAGCUUCACCCCCGCCACCAACUUCCUUGUCGACAACCCUUACAGGCGUGCCAUAUCCGCCCAUCAACCGCAUUCGAAAUCGCCGAAAUAGCUCUAGGAUGCCUUCGACCUCGUCAUCGUUACCCAACCCCAAGGAUCUUAGUAUCGAAGAUGAUUGGACCAGAGUCAAGGACCCAAAGGAAAAGAAGAGAAUACAGAAUCGGGUGGCGCAGAGGACAUAUCGUCAUCGAAUGAAGGCAAGACUUGGGGAGCUUCAAGCCAGAUUAGAUAGCCACGAGAGGCAGAGAAUCCAUGCAGUUUCCCACGGUGGGAAUGAGAUGGCACAUGGGGUGACUGGCGUGCCCCUUGGGUAUAACCCCAAUGCUCUCACCACAAAUAGCCAUUCCAACGUCAACAGCCUCGCUAGUCUCAACUCGAUCUUGGCGCCAUCGCAUGGUGGAGAGACGUCCCAAUCGCCCUUGGGCAACGACCAGCACCCACCAGCAAUACCAAUGCUCCAGACCAAUAUAUACGACCAAAUUGCAGAAGAGUCAGAUCCUUCGUUAUUCUCGCACAAUACGCAAUUUCUGAGCAGCCCACCGAACUCUCACACAUCUCCUCAGAAUCAGAACGGAUUGCCUUCUCCCCCUGGGAGACCAGAUCUUGAGAAGCCAAACAAGGUAUCUCAGGAUUUUGUCCUUGACUGUCUCCAUUUUCAGACGCGGCUCUUGAACAGACUCAAUACCCUUGAACAGGACUCUGGCUGUUCGAGUCAAGGCACUUACAGUCAGACUGAUGGACUUUCACAUUAUGGUAUGAGCCAAGAUCAAAUUGCCUGCAUGAGGACUUUUACCCCAACUCAGACAGAAAGCGUGGAAUUUGCGUUCGAGAGUGCAAACGAUGGUUGGAAAGCUGAUGGCUUUCCCCACAAGCUUCGCCAACCUUCUUCAACCGGAUCUAUAAGCUAUUCUCCAAUGUUGGAGGCACCAGCGCCAGGAGUUGAAACCGAAAUAGGUCAAAAUACUCACCAUGGUACCGGCACCCCCCAAGCACCAACCGGAAGCGGUCCGAUUCCAGCGCGGAAUGCAGCCACGGAUGAACGCGUGGAAAGCAUAAUACGGCAUUUGCAGUCAAUUGGCUUCGAGAGCUUCGACGACCUGGCUGCGGCUUAUUAUAGCAGGACAUUCAGUGAUCUGUCACCAAUGACGGCUGGACAACACAUCAGCAGAGACAGGCGGCUAGCGAAAGUCAUCCUUAAUGUUUUGCAGGCAGCUGACAACUGGACACACUGGGAGCGCCGUGGCUUCCACGAGGAGAUUCUGAGAGUUGCCGAGUCGGUGGUGACUCCAGAGAUCUCAGCCACGGGCGAUUCCCUCGUGUCUCAAAUCAGGUCUCUUAUAGAGACGCUGGAUUUCCAAGAUUUGAGCAAAGCAGAGUCUUUGGAGUCUAUGAGGGACUUGAUCCAGCACGAGAUGCCAAACAGCUGGUCCUUGAACAUGACCCUUGCCAGCGGGAAGGGGUCUAUGCGGCACAACAAUCCGUCGAACAUUGCGCUAGCAACCACACUGCUCCAGAAGUUUGCUGGGAGACUACCAAAGCACGAAUUAAUGCAGUUUGUUGAAGCUUGCCUGUGA